AAAUGUUACAUAAACAACUUUAUGUCAAAAAAAAGUCAAAAACCUCAAAAACCUGAUUUUUUAUUUGAUUUAUUUCGUGAAAUUAUAGGAAGUUGAAUUUUCUGCUUCCUGAACAAUGACCUCAAUUUCGAAAUAUGUUCCACCUCAAUAGCACACUUAUUCGCAAUGUGAUUCCAGUGAACAACUAUUAUUUGAUAUUUUGGAGGCCACAAACAACAUUUUACGAUGUAUUACACUUGAAGAAAGAUUGCUCAUCAAAAGAAAUCAAAGAUUCCUAUAUCAAGCUCUCUAAACUAUAUCACCCAGACAGAACUGUGAAUUCUAAAAGUGCGCACCAAAAAUUUGUAAAAAUCAAUGAAGCGUACAAUACUUUGAGCAAACCUCAUUUGCGAAGAAAUUAUGAUAUGGAAUUAGAAUCUCCUCCACCUAUAAAGGAUGCAAAAAGCUAUCAUGAUGCAUAUGAUUUCUCUAUGUAUGAAAAUCCCAUUUUCAAAAGACAUAAGAGUCGAACUAAUGAUGAAGAUGGAUAUUAUGGUUUUAAAGGAAUUAAAAAACAACCCCAUUUUGUGAUAGUUCUCCUUUGUGCUGGCAUUGCCUUAGUUGGGCUCUCAGUUCAGUUAGCACUUGUGAAAAAUUCAGUCACAUUUCGGAGAGAACAAUUGAAAAGGGACAGUGAAGCAUAUGAAUCAAUACUAGAAGAGGUUAAAAAAACUUCUGAGCUGAAUGGUAGAGAGUUGCAAAUUGAAAUUUUGAAAAGAAAAUUUGAGGAGAAUGAGCUACAGAGAAGAAGAUCGAAUUGAGUAGCUGAAGAUUAUACUGAUUGAGGAAUGUUAAUGAACAGUACAUUGUUUUAGGAAAUUCAAUAAAUAUAAUUUUAUCACGCA